AUCUAAGCGGCAAGUUUGUUUACAUCGUAACAAAAUGGCGCACUUUUGAAUCUUCGUGAGAAGGAAGAUGAGCAAAGAUGUUUUUCAAAGUCUAUACAAUAUAUACGUUGAGCCUGUUGGGCAUAUUUAUGAAGGAUCUAUCAACUUUAUCUCAGGCUAGCAGUGCAGCAAAUGGAAACUUGCAAGAGGUAUCAGUACAGAAGCUAGAACACCUUGUUUUUAAUAGACAAUGGGAUCAGCCAUUUUGCAUUCUUUUUUUGCACAAAUCAGAAGGUAAACAAAUUAUAACUACAAAAGCAAGAAGGAUAAAGAAAAAGAGAACUGUCUCAUCGCUUGAGAAAAAAGUUACCAAAUUGAUGACUAGAAAGUACCUAAAACAAUGGUGGUUUGGUAAACUUGAUAUUGCCAAGGAAAAUUAUUCAUCCCGUAUUUCAUUGCCAGCAUCCAAUGAGGUCCUGCGAUGCUACAUUGGGACUUCAUCUCAUUUUGAUUAUGAACCAAAGGUCUCUCUGAAGAAAUGGAUAAAAAAAGUGGUAGUGGCCUACAAGAGUCGACUUGAGACGGUAACUAGUGCCGACAUUGAGAGCAUUUUCACAAAAGACCAAAACAAGAAUGUGUUUAUUGUGGUACUUCCAGGAUUGAAUUAUUUCCAGGUUAUCGAGCCGCAACUAUUAGAGAUGAGAAGAGAAUGCCCCAAUUGUCGAGUUAUUAUUGUCCCUUCGGGGAGCGAGCAGGAAAGAGUUUUCCAAGAAAAGUUCAACGUCUUUAACCAUCCGAUCGCAUUCAUAUUUCACCGAAAAAAGCUAAAGCUGGUACCACAGUUGAAGCAAACAUUAGAAGGACUGUAUUCCGUCAGCAAAGAGACAGUUUUACUUCAUGUUAUCAGAAUAAAAACAAAAGCACAGAGUCUAGCAUUUGAUAACUUCAAAACGACAGCCAUGAUGUCACGACACGACGAAAAACCAUUUAUCGUAUGUUUUUACUCAUCGAACAAUCCGGAAUCAUACAAGUUUGUACAUGCAUUUGAUAGAAGUGUUGACUACUUCACAAGUGGUGCAAAAAACCAUAAUCGUAUCAAUCUGAGAUUUGGGAUUGUCGAUCUGGCUGAUUCAGAAAAUUCAAAAAUUCUAUCAAGGUAUCUCGAUGUUACAACGAUCAAGAAAAUCCCCUUUCUAGCAGCUUUUUGGCAGAGUCAUAAUGAAUCAGGAGACCAUUCAAAUCACCAUAUACAACACAAGAUACUAUCUGAUAUCAUUCCCACGCCGGGGAUGUUGCAGUCAGAAUUGAACGACAUUGAUAUCUUGAAUGUUGAAGAAAAUGCGUUUGAAAACAAGUUUUGCUACCAAAACAGAACAAAAGAUUUCUGUGACUUAGAAGAACGACCUUUGGUGCGUUACGGCCCGAAUGUUGACAAAUAUUUUCUAGAGUACAAGCGCAAAAAGGAACUUCUUAAAAAGAGAGCAAUGAAAUAUCACAAUGGCAUACCGAUGUUGACAGAUAAGUUAUGGCCACAGAUAAUUGACCGGACGUCUCAGGCGAAGAAAUCUCUCCAUGAAACUUAUCCUGGUCAAGAGAAAGCUGCAACCGUAAAACUGGUUAUUUUCAUCAUGGCGGAUUGCGGUUUUUGCGAAAUAAUGAUGCCGAAGUUCAGCAAUUUAACAAGCUUAACAAAAAGAAUGCAUGGGGUUUCUGUGUACCUAAUGAACUGCACUUCAGAUCCGGUCAAUUGCAAGCGGAAUAAAGUUACAGGCUACCCCACACUGGCUUUGUUUCGGAGUAUUUCAGAAGAAGAGAGCAGGACCUGUCUUAUCGCAAACUCAACAUCAUCGUCAGUUCGGCUGGAUUACCAUGGGAAUAUGGAGAUUGGUGAUAUAUUAAAUUGGCUGUCUAAGGCCGCCAUGUCUGCAGUGGAAUUUUACUUUGUAAACAAAAGCUGGCCAAAGAUGAAUAAAGACGUUCGUCUUGUUGCUCACCUUUAUACCAGGACACUUGCCAGGAAAUACCUGUCAAGAUCGUUGCAACAUAAACUAAUACCUUUGCAAUGCUUCAAGUUGGCAUGUGAAAAACUUUUUGGCAGCGCUGAGUGCAUUGCUGUGCCAAGCGAAGAUCUUGUUACCGAAAAGGUUUGGAAGAAUGGAAUUAUGGAAAAACAGUUGGUUGUUGAACAGGUACUGUUUGAGCGAAGUGACGGAGCAAAGGCCACAGUUUUCAAACUGUCAUACCCAAUGGAUAGAACACUAGAGCUAAGUGGUGAUACAAAGCUACAUAAAUUUCACCGAAAUCAUAGAUACAAGAUACCCAGCGGAUUUCGAUGUGAGGAAAAUCAUCCACUAUGCACGGACAUUUUAGUGAAAUUUGUUGAGGAUCACCAACGCCUUCCAAUCACGCAUAUCUCGAGAGAAAGUUUUCAUGCACAUGGGGCAUCGUCUUCAAUAUUCUCGAAAGAAUUUCCAGUUCUCAUAGCCUUAGUUCAUAAAAACAACAUAUCCAGCAAUAGCUCAUUUUUAAAGGAACUUCAAAAAGCUGCCCACGAGCUUUAUACAACAAUGAUUGUAGCCACGUUGAAUGUUGAUGAAUUUCCCUCGUGGGCCAGUCAGUUUGUUCCACGUAAUUACCACUAUCACCACCAUGAUAUCAUGGAUAAAACACCUGCACUGUACUAUUAUCCUCGAUUUUGCAUCAUCGAUUGGGACGACCAUCAACGUGCUGCAUUUUACCCGCCUCUGGAUGAAUUGGAGGAAGUACCAGACGUCAGAAAGAGGCUGGCAAAAGUCAAAGCCAAAGAUAUUAUUCAGUUCUCUGGACGUUAUCUUAAAAAUCAGGCUGCUGUUCUAGUUGACACCGAAAUGUUUUAAUGUACUUCAAAAAAUGGCAUUGAAAUGUUCGGGGCAAGUGGUAUUAGCGCGACCCCCAACGUGGUAUUCACCUGAAGCUAGAAGCGAUGACGUAACGGGGUGUGUAAAUAGGGUUUGGGAGAGAGUAAAAUCAACGAAGUCAUGGGGAACGGGAAAACUUCGAAAGAAGUGAGAGAAGAAGCCCAGCUUUGAAUUAGAAGUAGCCCAUCACUUGAGCAUUCUAUAAAGUCUACUAAGAAUGGGGUAGUAUCCCCGUCCACCUCUGCUGAUAAAAUUUCUGAGGUCAAAAUUUAAAAAGCCCCUAGACAAAAAGAAUUAAGGGCAGUACAUAUCCAUUGCGUUACAUGACUUGCUUGAUACUUGAUACUCUUGUUUAAAGUUUGUAAAUAGGGUUUUCCAGGUUUUUUUAAAACACAUGCAAGUACUUAUAUCGUGUGCAGAUGUCUAAUUUAUUUUUACAACUUCGUAACGAACUUUGAUUCUUGUAAUGUUGAGUGUUUCACUGAACAACCUUACGCUAACGCUUAUAACAUGUUAUUGUGUGUUUUUUGUUAUUUAUUUAUUGAUAAUGUUCAUAAAACAGGUCUUUAUAUAAAGAGGUAUCUCUAUUAUUGGCAUUACAGACUGGGUAUUACCUCAAUAAAAUAGAAGAAAAUGCACGGGAGAAGAUUUCGAAGGCCCAUAACAAUUCUGAAUAGGUUUGACAGUAGGGAUAGAACUAGCCAACUAUAAGGAUAGAAAACUCGUAGAGGUGGCCAUUUGACGUGGGUAGCUGAUUUUGUUAUUCUGUCGAUUAAAGCUGUGAAAAUAAGAGAUCAGUGUGAAAACAAAAGCUUCAAUUUAUAUAUUUGGUUGUUUUAGCUUCAAUGUGUGCCUCACAACUUAAAGUAUGAAUUUCCGAAUGAAUAAAGAAUGAAUAAAGUAUGAAUAAAGAAAGAUUAGCUUUGCUUCAGGUUUACCCCUUCUUAAGAACAAGAAUUUUAGACACCAGUGCACCCUAGGAUGAUACUAAUUCAAACAGCUUCAAUCUCCAUUCAGAAUAUUUGAAUAAACCCAAGAGUGCAGCUACAAAUAAAAGCUGGUACACAAAAAACGUAUAACAAAUAACUGAUAGAAAAAAUUUACGGUUUGACUACAAAGCUAUCCUCACAGUCAGUUGUCAGGUUCUUUCUUGGCCGGUACAAAUCACUCGAAUCUAGAUGUAGACCUUCAUUCAACCACGAGGCUUAGAAAAAGCGCGCAAAACAGACGAAGGACAAAAAAGAAAGCUACGAGCAGAUAACAUCCUAUUCUUAAGAAUCAGAGGCAAUUGCUUCUUUCAACAAUCCCC